CACUCACACACACCCACCCAGAGGAGGAAUUACACACAGAUCGGAGCCGGUCCCGGACCUCCAUUGGCAAACAUCAGCGGGUACGGGCCUGUUUAUCUGAUUCCUCUCCAUCACCUGUCUUUAUUCUACAGCUCCAGAUGGCUGGAGACGCCAGCUGGCCUCUUGUCUGCUCUACUGAAAUGAUGGAGGUUAAAGUCACCUUUUUAUUUGUGGAUUGUUGACUUUCUCACCUUUAUUCAAGCUGACGUGAAUCUUUAUGAGGUAAAUUGGUUGCAGCGAGCCCCAGUUGUGGCCGGUGGGCAUGGUUUUGGAGGGUAGCUCAGAGGCGCUGUGUCCCCCCCCAUCUCUGGAGCUGCGCCCAUCCUGCAACAAGAGCCAGCCCUCGCCUCCUCUGGGCUCAAGCUCACAACCCCACGACGGGGUCUUCCCUGAGGACAAGGAGCCCGUCAAGUACGGCGAGCUCAUCGUCUUAGGGCACAAUGGGUCGCUGGCCAAUGGGGACAAGGGUCGCAGAAGAAGUCGCCUUGCCCUCUAUAAGAGACCUAAAGCCAAUGGGGUCAAACCUGAUGUUAUCCACAAUGUGUCAACCCCUCUGGUGUCAAAGGCACUCAGCAACAAAAGCCAGCACAGCAUCUCCUACACACUGUCACGGAGCCACUCUGUCAUUGUGGAGUACACCCAUGACACCAACACAGACAUGUUUCAGAUCGGCCGGUCCACAGAGAGCAUGAUCGACUUUGUGGUGACGGACACAGCGGGCAGCAGCAGCGGUCAGGGUGGUGGUGCGGCCGGGGAGGGUGGCGGUGGAGGCCAGUCAGCCCAGAGCACCAUCUCCAGAUACGCCUGCCGCAUCAUGUGUGAACGCAGCGCUCCCUACACGGCGCGCAUCUACGCCGCUGGCUUCGACUCCUCCAAGAACAUCUUCCUGGGGGAGCGUGCUGCCAAAUGGAGGACGUCAGAUGGCUUGAUGGACGGCCUGACCACCAACGGGGUACUGGUGAUGCACCCAGCGGGGGAGUUUGUGUCUGAGCCAGCUCCGGGCGUCUGGAGGGAAAUCUCUGUUUGUGGAAACGUCUUUGCCCUGAGGGAGACUCGUUCAGCCCAACAGAGGGGAAAACUGGUUGAAAAUGAGUCAAACACCCUCCAGGACGGUUCUCUGAUUGAUCUAUGUGGGGCCACCCUGCUGUGGAGGACCCCUGCUGGACUGCGCCACACCCCCACCCUCAAACAGCUGGAGUCCCUUCGCCAGGAGCUGAAUGCUGCCCGACCCCAGUGUCCUGUGGGCUUCAACACCUUGGCCUUCCCUAGUCUGGCCCAGCGUGAGAUAGUUGACAAGAAGCAGCCCUGGGUCUAUGUCAACUGCGGCCAUGUUCACGGCUACCACAAUUGGGGCUACCGCAAAGAGAAGGGCCCCGCCGGCCCUGGAGGCACAGCACCAGCCAGCACCGGGGAGAGAGAGUGCCCCAUGUGUCGGCGAGUGGGCCCCUAUGUGCCGCUGUGGCUGGGCUGCGAAGGAGGAUUGUACUUGGAUGCCGGGCCACCCACUCACGCUUUCUGCCCCUGUGGCCAUGUAUGCUCAGAAAAGACAGUGGUGGGGUGGAGCCAGAUCCCGUUACCCCACGGCACCCAUGCCUUCCAUGCUGCCUGCCCCUUCUGUGGUACCUGGUUGACAGGGGAGCAGGGCCACAUCAAACUUAUCUUCCAGGGCCCCGUCGACUGAAGCCCAGACCCGGGAGCCACAAGUGAUGGUGGAUUGGGCAGAGGUCGAUGUGCUGAGGAAAGACUGUGUGCUCGAACAAAAAUCUGAACACUCAAGUGUUGGAUGACAGAGAAAGCACUGAUGACAAGUACAGGAAAAGGACUGUAGACAUGAUGAACUGAAAGUGCCAUGCAAUAGUAGAUUGCCAAGGCUUCAAAUGGAAUAUGAGGUGUAUGGAGAAUAUGUAAAUAAAUUGUGUUGAAAUGAGCACGAGUUCAGUGAUCU